AUGAUCUGGUCCAAGAUGCCGACGCAACGUGGCUGGUUUGGCACCACGGUUGAGACGGCCUGCAAGCGUGCGCUCAACGCAAGUGGUAAAGAGCAAAACGACAGAGCAAGAACCCUGCAGCAGCUGAGGGAUCUCGGGACUCGGCGCAGCGUCAUAAGCACGAGCGUUGGAACGAGCGAUAACAACACGCGUGCAGGAGUCAUCGACGACCGGGCCCCUAUGCUAGCAAAACGAGGAAUCAGAAAGACGUCAACGACAAUGGUAGCUUUGAAGGACGUAGAAUCUGCGAAAGUAGCAAAGUAA